AUGCAAAACUCAAACUCUUUGACUUCCACCGACAUUCAUCCAGUUAGUCCCAGUAGUCCUAGUACUGUGCAAGAAGAAGGAUCUAGAACAUUAGCAAAUAUGUGGGAAGAUCUUCCAUUGGAAAUUUAUUCCGAAAUCUUGUCCUUUCUUCCAGUUUUGCCCAAUUAUUUUAGAUUGUCUAGAGUUUGUAAAUCGUGGAAGGAUAUUUUCAAUUUUCUGAUGAAUGAUUACUUUGAAUAUUCGGCUUUUCAUUUGGAUUUUUCUGAGGUCGAUCCUUAUCGAAUGGAAUAUUCCGACUUGUUGAAGAUUAUUGCAAAUUGUAGGGGAGUUAAAAAGGUCACUCUCCACUUUAUGAUGGUCACUCCAGAGAUUUUGAAAGCUAUUGGAAGAACCUCUGUUGAAACUCUUGUGAUUUCCAAUUGUGAAGUGAGGAAUGAAUUGAAUGAUGUGGAUGUAGAUGAUUAUCUUUCAAGAUUUAGAACUUAUAAUAGUCAUUACCAUAGCUCAAUAGCUUUGGAAUUCCAGCCAUUUGAGGAAAAAAUUGUUACUAGUAAUUCUUAUAUGCUUCAAUUACAAAAAUUCUCCAAAGAUGUUAAGCUUACCAAGCAAACUAACUACUUUCAAUAUCUCAAAACUGUUGUAUUUCUAGACACUCCAUUCUAUGCAUUAUACCCAAAAUUCAUAACUAGCGAAAUCGAGUCAACCCACCUUUAUCAAUACAUGAGCCAUGAAUGCGAGCUUGAACACUUUGAAAUCCCAUCCUUUGAGUAUCUCGACAUUGAUAAUAUUAAAACCAGGCCAUUUGUGGAUGAUACACCAGCAUCAACCAGUACUUUUGGGUAUUUUUCAAGUUUAUCUCCAAACAACCCUAAGAAAAUGGUUGCACUGAAACGUAAUGACAGACUUGUAAAUAUAUUGUGCAUUACAAAUGGUUUUAUUCAAGCACAGACUAUUGUUAAUGGACAAUAUAUUGACUAUGUAACUAUUGAUCCUCUUGAACAUGAAAAGUGUUAUGAAUUCUUUAUGAGAAACAGAUUACCAUUCAAUCUGAAAACAAGAGUGUCCUUUGUUGGAUCUUGCAAGAAUUUGGAUGUAUUUAGAAAAUUUGUUACCUCAGGUUAUAUGAAAUUACUAGAUGUUGAUAUCAAUGACCAGACAGUUCUAUUUUCAGCUCUCGAUAGAGCAUACGAAACCUCACCAGGAUUUACUGGAGAUUCGUAUCCAUACCAAUUCUUCAAUUGGAAAUCUCAAUUAGAGAUUUCUUCACUCAUUAGUACUAUCAAGUGGAUUCAUGAAACUCCAGAAAUAUUGGCGCAAUUAGAUCAAAAUGGAGCAAUCUUUAAGGAAUAUGUUUCAACUUGUAAAAAUAUGGAUAAGAGAUGGAAGAAUUACUUUUCCAAAUUCAAGAAUGACAUUAACAGUAAGAUUGACUGGGAACACUUUAUCAAAACAGGUGAAGAACAAGCUCCAACAAAAAAGAGAAAGCAAGCCUCAACCUCAACAGCAAAUGUUGAAAAUCCAUCCAAGAAGAGAUAG